AUGGUAUCUUCUGGCGACGAGGAUCAAGCAAUUGGCUUGAUCUGCAAGAAUUGCUUCCAUCAAUCUCUAUGGCUUCCGCAGACAGCCGAACAUCCAAGGUUGAGGGUCACGUACUCUACCACGACGAACUUUGACAAUGUCAGUCUCAGUCUCCCGGUGAUUCUUUUUAUUGGGCCAAUGUUUGGUUCCCGAUGGGAUGCUUUGCACUUUAACAAGCUCGCCAAUGAUUCCGGCGUAAGGGCCAUCUUCGUCGACAGACCAGGCUUUGGAGGCUCGACACCUGUGCAACUUGAUGUUCGUGUGGCCAUAUGGCUGGAGACGGUGCCAGUUCUGCUGCACCGACUCGGAGUUGAACACGUCUCCCUUGUGACCCAUUCAGCCGGGACGAUAUACACGCUCAACACGUUGCUCCGGUACCGAUCCAUCCUCGACCCAAAGGCGCCAUAUGUAGCCUUCUUGGCCCCUUUCGUACCCAAGACUCACUCCGGCGCGGCCGUGCCCACGCUUGCCGCCAAACUUCCUGUCACUGCGCUCGACUCAUGGGCCGGUCUCGUCAAGUUCGUCAACAGCAAGAUCCUACCCGGUGUGGCUGCGUCCGGAGGACUCAUCUCGCCGCUAUCCACGAUGUUCUCAUCGCCCUCGCCAGCGGGUACGGACCUUCCAGGCGGCGAAGCUCCAAAUAAUUCUACCUCGCUGGUCGAGCAAUAUGGCUUCGACGACGCCACGGCCAAGCUCGUCCACAAAUUGGCGACAAAAUGGCAAUUCGCAGAGAGUAACCAGGGAGGCAACGAAGAAGCGAAGCUAUGUCUCGAGAAAAGCGACGGUACUGCCUCGUGGGGCGAAGCGGCCGAUUACUCGGGCUGUGCUCGCAGGAUAGCCGACAACGAAGCAGCGUUGUCAUUGAACGAGGGUCACGCCCCGCCCAAGUUGAGUGUCUCUGCGUUCUUUGCAGGGUCGGACAUCAUGAUCGCCAAACGUGGACAGGCCUUUUUUGAACAGUGCUGGCAGAGCGACGAGGUCACGGGGAAAGUUGACUUUACUACGUCGACGUAUCCCGAAGCGAAUCAUGACUCUUUGCUCGUUGAUCUCAAAAAGGGCGCUCUGAAAGCUGUGUUUGAGAAGGUUGCUCAUUUGAACAAAUAA